AUGGAUCAGAGGGCCAAGCGGGUGGCCAUCGUGGGCGCCGGCACGAGCGGGCUGGCGGCGUGCAAGCACCUGCUAGCGCGUGGGUUCCGGCCGGUGGUGUUCGAGGCCGGGGAGUCCGUGGGCGGGCUGUGGACGCGCACCCUCGCCUCCACCAGGCUCCAGACGCCCGCCGUCGCGUACCGCUACUCCGACUUCCCGUGGCCGGACUCCGCCGACGUGUUCCCGCGCCACGACCAGGUCGUUGACUACCUGGCAGCCUACGCGCGCCGCUUCGGCGUCGAUGAGUGCGUCAGGUUCAGGAGCACCGUCGUCGCCGCGGAGUAUGUCGGCUCCGAGCCGGAGGAUGCGGCCGACGGGUGGGAGCGGUGGGCCGGCAACGGCGAGGCGUUCGGCGACGGCACGGGCGUGUGGCGCCUCAACGUGCGCCAACACGGCGUCGAGACAUCGCAGGUGCACGAGUUCGACUUCCUGAUCCUCUGCAUCGGCAGAUUCAGCGGCGUGCCCAACAUCCCGGCGUUCACACCGGACGGCGGCCCGGAGGCGUUCGGGGGGCGGGUGCUCCACUCCAUGGACCUGUCUGACAUGGCCGACGCAGACGCCGCCGCGCUGGUGAAGGGCAAGCGCGUGGCCGUCGUGGGGGCCAGCAAGACGGCCUUCGAAAUCGCCGCCGAGUGCGCCGAGGCCAACGGCGCGGGGCUGCCGUGCACGAUGGUGUGCCGGAACCCGCAAUGGCUGCUCCACGGCACGAACGUGUGGGGGACUGUGAACAUAGCGUACCUCUACAUGAACCGCUUCGCGGAGCUCAUGGUCCCCAGGCCCGGUUCCGGCGCCGCCUCGCGCAUCCUGGCCGCGCUGCUCGCGCCGCUGGCGUGGGCGAUAUCUGCGGCGACGGGGGCGUACUACCGGAGGGAGAUCCCGAUGCGGGAGCACGGCAUGGUGCCCGGGCACGGGUUCGCGAGGUGCGUGUCGUCGUGUCUCAUCUCCAUGCUGCCGGACGGGUUCUACGACCGGGUGAAGGAAGGCAGCGUCGUCUUCCAGCGGUCCAAAUCGUUCAGCUUCUGCGAGGACGGCCUGCAGGUGCUCGACGGUGCCGGCAGCGGCAACAAACGGCGCGUCGUGCCGGCCGACGUGGUGAUCCUUGCCACCGGCUUCCGCGGCGACCAGAAACUCCGGGACAUGUUUGUGUCGCCGCGGGUAAAGGACAUCAUCGCCGCCGCGCCGCUGUAUAGGGAGUGCGUGCACCCGCGGGUCGCGCAGAUGGCGGUGCUGGGCUACGAGGAGGGGCUGAACAACAUAUACGCGUCCGAGAUGGCGGCCAAGUGGGUGGCGCGGCUGCUGGACGGCGGGUUUCGGCUGCCGAGCGUGCGGCGGAUGGAGGAGAGCUGCGCGGAGUGGGGCAGGUACUACGCGCGGAGGAGCGGGGGCGGCGGGGACGGGCAGAGCGCGUGGAGGCCGUGCAUCGGCGCCGUGAACCUGUGGUACAAUGACGAGCUUUGCCGGGACAUGGGGUGCGAGCACAGGAGGAAGAAGGGGUUCCUCGCCGAGUGGUUCCAGCCCUACGGGGCCGUCGACUACGCCGACAUUCUGUGAGCGAGGGAGAAUGGAUGUGCCUCUCAUCAGUUGCGAUCUGCCUAGUCAGACACCCGUGUUUAGAUUUGUUUUCCAUUUCAAGCACAUCG